AUGUGCUUGGUGCGGAUCUUCCAUGUGCUGGGUAUAAUGGCCCUGUUUCCACAGCUCGCUUUCUUCGGCGAAAGUGUCGAUGGGAGUGAGCUGAGCUACGGCGAUUUUUACGGCAAUGCCAGUGCCAGAAUGCUGCGAUUCCGUGACUUUGAACCGCGACAGCACAGCGGCAGAAUGGACGUGGAACUUGAGCUGGAUGCAGGGGAGAAUGCUGGACAGGAUCGCGAGGGUCGUGGCUUCCAUUUCCAUGCCAGCGGCGAGGAUGUGAGUGUGGAGUUGGAGUUCAUCGUUCCCUUCCUCAAAGUUCCCGUGAAGAGGAGCAUGCAUCUGGCUCGGAAUGCUGUACAAAACCUACUGAAUCUGCGAACUGGAGCUUUGGUCAACACCGCAGUUGUUGUGGCCGCUGGAGCAGUUAUAGCUGCUGUGGUUCGAUUACUACUAGCCCCACUGGUGAUCACCUCGCUGGGCAAUGGAUAUGGCUACAAGUCCGCUCCAGACAGAGGCGUGCGCCGGCUGACUGAUGCGGUAGAGUCGCAACUGGAGGAGUACAACAUCGACGUGUCCGCCUGUGUGCAGCGGAUGAUCUGUCAGUAUCUGCAGCAAAAUCUAUCAUCUGGAUAUGCCCGGGCUCUCAAUGUAUUGACCAGCUCCUCCUGGUUGCAUUCCAUCGUCGAUGGCACUGCAGUUUACCACGCCAUCCAAUCAGCCAGAAGUAGUCGCAGUUGUAUCCACACAUAUCGCAGUUGCAAAUGGCCCAAUCAGCUCAACUGGAAGUCUGGGAGUUUACCAAGGGUUCCCGAGUUCUUCAAUGGAUAG